CGUGCGACAAGUACAAGAGGAACGAACGCCUUCGGGACCAGCAGCUCUGAAGCUCGCGAGCUCCGUGUUAUUCUGAGGCUUUCACAAGCAGGAUGAGCGGACGACUCGAAGACCUAAGCCCGAAGCAAGCCGAGGCCUUGGCGCAGUUUCGAGAGAGGGUUCAGGACAUUCUGCCCCAGCUCCCUGCGCAGCACGACCACUUCCUCCUGCGCUGGCUCCGAGCCAGAAACUUCCACGUGCAGAAAGCAGAAGCCAUGCUCCGCAAGCACCUGGAGUUCCGAAAACACAUGAAGGCCGACACGAUAACCACGGACUGGCGGCCACCGGAGGUAUCCUGCUUUAAGAAAAUACCGGCCGCUAAGUGCAGACUGCUCUGCGGGGCGUUGCGUACGCGGGUGUCGUCCUCCUUUCUUUCUCUCCUCGUCCGUUCGCUGCCUGCCCAGGUCAUCGAGAAGUACCUCUCCGGGGGGAUGUGCGGCUACGACCGCGAGGGCAGCCCCAUCUGGUACGACGUCAUCGGCCCCGUGGACCCCAAGGGCCUGCUCUUGUCCGCCUCCAAGCAGGACUUUGUCAAGUCCAAGGUGCGGGACUGCGAGUUGCUGCAAAAGGAGUGCGACCAGCAGUCAGAGAAGCUGGGGAAGGUUGUGGAGUCCAUCACCAUGAUCUAUGACCUUGAGGGCUUGGGCCUCAAGCACCUGUGGAAGCCUGCCAUCGAGGCCUACGGAGAGGUCCUCACCAUGUUCGAGGACAACUAUCCCGAAGGCCUCAAGAGACUGUUUGUCAUCAAAGCCCCGAAACUCUUCCCGGUAGCGUACAACCUCGUCAAGCAUUUUCUGAGCGAGGACACCCGCAGCAAGAUCAUCGUGCUGGGGGCUAACUGGCAAGAGGUGCUGCUGAGCUACAUCCACCCCGAUCAGCUGCCCGCCGUCUACGGGGGCAACCUCACCGACCCGGAUGGCGACCCUCGCUGCAGGACCAGGAUCAAGUAUGGAGGCGACGUGCCCAGGACCUAUUACGUGCGGGAGUCCGUCAAGGUGCAGUACGACCAAAGCGUCUCCAUAAGCCGGGGGUCCUCCCACCAGCUCGAGUACGAGAUCCUCUUCCCGGGCUGCGUGUUGCGGUGGCAGUUUGCGAGCGACGGGGCCGACAUCGGCUUCGGGGUGUUCAUGAAGCCCAGAAUGGGCGAGCGGCGCAGAGCAGGCGACAUGCUGGAGGUUGUACCCAGUCAGCGCUACAACGCCCACCUGGUGCCCGAGGACGGCUCUCUUACCUGUACGGACCCAGGCGUCUAUGUGCUGCGCUUCGACAACACCUACAGCGUGUUCCAUUCGAAGAGGGUCGGCUUCACGGUGGAGGUGCUCUUGUCGGACGGCCAGGCGGAGACCCCCCGAGGCGGCGGCCAGGCCGGACCGCAGAAGGAGCUGGACGCGGGCGCUCAGUAGCUGUGCGGGGAGGACAGCGAGCGACGCCGCUGCUCGGCCUCUGGGCUCGGUCGCACCCCCGCCCCCCCCCCAAAGUCGAUCGAGCGCGAGCGCUCGAACAAACUGCCGCCCGCUUCAUCUGACUGGCAGCCUCCCAAAGGAGCACUUUCCUUCACAACGAACCUCUCUCUUCUAAAUGCUGCUCGCGACCAACGGAAGGAUCGCUAGACGGUCGACUCCCGCACACAGUCGCUGCCCCGGUACACCGGGCGGAAUGUACAGUUACACUGCGUACACCGUUUUACUUGAAAGGGGAACAACUGAAGAAAUAACCCUGAGCAGAAACUGCACAGUGGAAACGCUCACAGAAAAAAAAGAGCGUCGCUGAAUCAUUUCAUUGCAUUAGCGUAUGCGCGCACACACACACACACACACACACACACACGGGACACUUGCAGUAUUGAAGAACAGUGACCUCAGCCUUAUGAAGGUACCGAUCUGUGUUGGUGCAGUUUUGUACCACUGCCCAGUAAGACAGUUCUCUCGAUUAUACUCUGUGUGUGUGUGUGGGGCCUCAGUAUUUCUCCUCUCCUCUCCUCUUUCUGUCCCCGAUGAGGAUCAGCUCAGCGUUGUGUGAAGGCGGCCCUGCCUGCAGCUUUUUCUCUAGUGCAGUGACUCAGCAGUUGUCCGUACGCACACCCCACACGCUCUUCCACGUGAAAGAGACCGUGGCGAAGCACGGUACGGAAGUGAAAAUCCAGUACAGUUAGUGAAAAAUCACAACGUCUACAGCCGCUUGUCCCGAGCGGGGUCGCGGCGAGCCGGAGCCUAACCCGGCGGCGUGGGGCG